AUGUCGUACGGACAACAAGACAUCCCCUCUGAUACAUACGGGCUGACGCCGGCACGUUCGGCCCCGUUGCCUCCUUCGAUGGCAGGUGCCCGAGGCGGUACCGACUUGUACGAUACGAGCCUGCCAGGCUCGUCUGUAACUAGGGCUUAUCCCUCGCCUGUUAUGGCGAAGCCCCCUACGCAGACAGGCACAAGCUCUGCAUCUGUUGUUCGUAAAGGCUAUGUCAGCGUAAAAGAAGAUGGUAUUCGUUCAUGGAUUUGGAGCAAGCGUUGGCUUGUCCUGCGCGAAACAACACUUCUUUUCCAUAAAAACGAGUCCACGUAUCAAGCAUCGUCGAUUGUCCUGCUUCGAGAUGUGACCAACAUCAAUCGUACAGAUUUGAAGCCUUAUUGUAUUGAAAUUGAGACCAAAGACAAAACCUUUUAUCUACAGUUAAAGAGCGAUGAAGAACUCUACAGCUGGAUGGAUGAUAUAUACAAUCGAUGCCCGCUGGGUGGCUCGAUGCCAACCAACUUUGUCCAUCAAGUGCAUGUUGGCUUCGACCCUGUGAGUGGCUCCUUCACUGGCUUGCCAGACCAGUGGAUGCGUCUACUGACCAAAUCCGCUAUUACCAAGGAGGACUAUGCCAAGAACCCCCAGGCUGUCUUGGAUGUCUUGGAGUUCUACACAGACAUUCAGAAGCGGGCUGGCGACGAUUUUGGGCUUGGCUCGCCUACCAUGAAUAUGCACAUUGGCCAUCCUGGACGUGCUCAGAUUGACAAUUAUAAGAACCGUGCGCCGUCGAUUCCCAGUAGUGGAGCGUCCACGCCCACCAAGAUGACAUCAUUGGAACCACGUCGAGCCGCGCCUACGCCGCCUGGUGCGGCACGCGGCUACGGACUGGGCAAACAGAGUCCCCUUCCAGCUUUGCCGCCGCCGGAUUCAUCCACGCCACUCGCCCCUGCGCAAGCAAAUAUGAGCACAGCCUCAUCCACAGCAGACUUGAGUGCCUCUGUAACUGAAAGCGAUGCAAGCUCUCUAUCGCUCAUGACGCAAAGCAUGCGCAUGUCGGACGAUGCGCAGCUUCGUCAGGCUAUGGAGCGUGAAGAACAGCGCGAGCGAAGGAGGCAACAGCAGCAACAGCAGCAACAGAUGUUGCAGCAGCAGCGCACACUUGCGCCGCUGAAAACAGCUGCGCCCUUCGCGUACGCAUCACCGAAUAUGCACAGGCCGCCUUCGCCUCCGCUGAGAAUGUCACCUGUAUCGCCGACGGCGCCGACAGCGCCAUCAGGUCCGUAUGCGCAGCCAUAUCAUGCAGGUAAUGCGAUGCCACCUUCGAUGUCAGUGACAUCUUCGCCAGCAGGUUCGAUGAUGCCCACAUCGCGUCCUGUACCAACGCCAUCCUCGAUCUCGCCAGCGGCUGCCGCUGCAGCUGCGGCCGCGGCGGCUGCCUCCACAGGUGCGUCACCCUCCAUGUCGCCCAUCCCAGGCCUCGCCAGCCCAACGUUCUCCACGCCCACCCCUACGAUGUCAGGCCCGCCACCGACGCAGGCAGCGGCACCUAUGCCGCCACCGUCCACACAGUCGCAGCCUCAGGUAUCGAUGCCGAUGCAGUCGCAUGCACCAGGUCCUUCCGCGCCUGUGCAGGCAGAGCCGGCCUUCGCAGAACCGCCCAGGGCGCCUCGGGCAUCUUCCGCCGCCGCCGCUGCAGCCGCGGCAGCUGUUGCCGCGGCAGCGCCUGGCCCUCCGCCCACCGCAGCGGCUUCCACGACAGUGCCUAUGCGUGAGCCAGCAGCGCACAAGGCUGCUGCUACUUCACAGCGUCGUCCAGAGGCGAAUAAGCGUGUAAGCACCAUGACAGAGGCGCAGAUUAUGGAGAAAUUGCGCAGCGUGGUAAGCCACGAUGAUCCGAAUUUGCUGUAUCGCAAAGUGAAGAAGAUUGGGCAGGGCGCGUCAGGCUCUGUGUAUGUGGCCAAGUCGCUUGCGACACAGCAAGUCGUAGCGAUCAAAGCCAUGGACUUGGCGCAUCAGCCACGCAAGGAGUUGAUCAUCAAUGAAAUCAUGGUGAUGCGGGAGUCGCAGCACCCGAACAUUGUCAACUUCCUGAACGCGUUCCUGGUCCAUAAUACGGACUUGUGGGUGAUUAUGGAAUUUAUGGAGGGCGGCGCUUUGACGGACGUGAUCGAUAACAACCAGCUUACGGAGCCGCAGAUUGCAUCGAUUAGCUUGGAAACGUGCAAGGGGUUGGAACACUUGCACAACCAGUCGAUCAUCCAUCGUGACAUUAAGAGUGACAAUAUUUUGCUGAACAACCUCGGUCAAGUGAAGAUCACAGACUUUGGCUUUUGUGCGAAGCUUACUGAUCAGAGGCGGAAGCGUGCUACGAUGGUCGGCACGCCGUACUGGAUGGCGCCCGAGGUUGUGAAGCAGAAAGAAUACGGCGCGAAGGUGGAUAUCUGGUCUCUUGGUAUUAUGGCGAUUGAGAUGAUUGAGAAUGAACCGCCCUACCUGGAUGAAGAGCCGCUCAAGGCAUUGUACAUGAUUGCUACCAAUGGCACGCCGACGCUGAAGAAGCCAGAGAAGCUCAGUCGUGAGCUAAAGAGUUUCCUCGCAGUGUGUCUCUGUGCUGACGUGAAGAGCCGCGCUACCGCGGAUGAGCUGCUACAGCAUGAAUUCAUGCGUAAGGCAUGCCCCAUUUCAGAACUUCCGAAACUCUUGGAGUUCCGCACACGAGAGAAGCCAUCUCAUGGCGCGUAA